AUGAUUUCCAAAAUCUUGACGUUCUCCCUCCUUGCCAGCAGCGCCCUCGCUGUCCCGGUUGAGGUUGACAUUGAGAAACGUAUCAACUGCCCUGGCGUCCACAUCUUUGGUGCACGCGAGACCACUGUAUCCCCCGGAUACGGCUCAUCCAGCACAGUCGUCAAUGGCCUCCUCAGUGCCUACUCAGGCUCUACGGCCGAGGCCAUCAGCUACCCUGCAUGCGGUGGACAAUCGUCCUGCGGCAGCGUGAGCUACUCAAACUCAGUUGCCCAGGGCAUCGCAGCCGUCGCCUCGGCUGUGAACUCCUAUAACACACAGUGUCCAUCGACUAAGCUUGUUCUGGUCGGAUAUUCCCAGGGUGGUGAAAUCAUGGACGCAGCCUUGUGCGGCGGCGGCGUUCCCAACCAAGGCUACACCAACACUGCGGUCCAGCUGUCGACGUCCGCUGUGAACAUGGUCAAGGCAGCCAUCUUCAUGGGUGAUCCGCUGUAUGUGGCAGGGUUGUCGUAUGAUGUUGGCACUUGUGCUGCUGGAGGCUUUGACGCACGUCCUUCUGGCUUCUCUUGCCCGUCGGCCAGUAAGAUUAAAUCAUACUGCGACGCUACGGACCCGUACUGCUGCAACGGCAGUAACGGCGCGACCCACCAGGGCUACGGAGCUGAGUAUGGUGCACAGGCCAUUGCCUUUGUCAAGAAUAGCUACCCCACCACGGAAGCCCAAGCUCCAAGCUCCAAGCUUCCUCCAUUCCCCAUGGCCUCUCACAUUCCCAACCUAAACACUCUCCGACGAGGCCGAGGCCGAGGCCGUGGCAUAGGUCGCACAGAAGAGACCGGGCUCCCUUCUGGAAAAGACCGCAUCGUUCAAGGCACAGACAAUGACGCAAGCGUGUCCCGCCUCAGCGCCGUCGAGCUAGGAUACCUAGAGGAUACAUACGCGGCGGCAUUGACACCAGCCGGGUCAGCGACGCGGAGAUUGCCAAUUAUAAACCGAGGAACCUACGCCCGCACAACAGCCAUCGACCAGCUUGUGGCGCGCUUCCUCGGCCCGUUCUCACCGGAAAAUACACACAAGAAACAGAUCAUAUCUCUAGGCGCCGGGUCGGACACGCGCGUCUUCCGACUACUCUCGUCGCGCCAAACCCCGGACUUCGUUUACCACGAGCUCGAUUUCGCUGUGAAUACGGCGGAGAAGAUCCGCGCGAUUAGGUCGGCACCUGUACUACAGAGCGCGCUUGGGAUUGACUCGUCGGUGGUUUCGUCGGAACAGGAUACUCGAGUUACCGUGUCCGAGGCCGGGGACGCUCUCCAUUCGCCCUCGUACCAUGUUCACCCGGUUGAUCUGCGGUCGCUGUCGACAUGCAGUGACCCUGCUGGAGCACUGCCAGGCGUUGAGACGGGAUUGCCGACUUUGCUGAUCUCCGAGUGCUGUUUGGUAUAUCUAUCGCCCACUGAAGCGGAGCAGGUGGUUGCGUUCUUCACGCAACGCCUUUUUGGCCAUGGGCAUCCAGUAUCUGGGCCUGGAGACAGCUUGCAGGAAGCGCAGGCGAAUGUCGCUCCGCUCGGGCUGAUUCUUUAUGAGCCUAUUCGGCCGAAUGAUGCCUUUGGUCGUACGAUGGUGUCGAACCUUGCGGCACGGGGGAUCCAACUCAAGACUCUCUCUAGGUAUGCGUCGCUUGAAUCGCAGCGAGGCCGCUUCCGAGAGCAGGGCUUUGGGGAUGGCCAGGCUGUGGCUGAUAUUGAGUUUAUUUGGAAGCGGUGGGUUAAUGAGGAUGAGAAGGAAAGAGUUGCUGGGCUGGAGAUGCUCGAUGAGAUGGAGGAGUGGCAGUUGCUUGCACGGCAUUACUGCAUUGCUUGGGGAUGGAGAGACCGCGAUGAUAUCCCAGCUUUUGCUGGGUGGAAGGACCUCGAGGCCCAGCAAGGCGAGUAG